AUGUCAUCUCAUCAGUUGAUAUCGGAUAGUGGAUACGGUAGCCCGAAUUCCUUACGGUGUAUGCAUUUACUAAGUCAAAAUAUUGAUUCAAGAUGUAAGAAUGAAAAUGAUCCAAGCUAUAUUCAGCAUUUUUCAUCCAAUGCAAAUGAUGAAAAUAAGCUAAGAAGAAAAGUAAAAGCUUAUAGGAAGCAAUUUUGGAAUUCGGAUGAAAUUAAGCAAUGUACAGAUUCAAUUACUCAAAUUAAAGAUCAGUACAAAACAACUACGAAAGAAAUUGGUGCCAAAUUAAUUACACUUGCCGAUGCAUUUGAUGCUAAAUUUUUUGAAAAUUUAAAUAUUUCAAUGAAAUGA